UUGCCAUAUGACAUUUAUUAACCUCCAAUUUAAUGAUAAAGUCUUAAAUAUAUACAUAACUUCUUAAAACCGGCCAGUAAUGUAUAACUUUCAUUACAAAAAAUGAUUGGACGCCUCUGCAAUUACUGUUGUAAAACAGUCACCAGAGCUUUCCACACAUCACCUAAAAGAUUGAGCGAACGUGAGAAUCCCAUUAGCCGAACGUUCAGAAUCCUCCGGGAGGAUUUGACUAGAAAAAAGAAGAGUGUAGUUAAUAGGAGCGAUGAACUGACCAAUCUGUUUCCAAGUCACGCGGACAUAGUGAUAAUCGGCGGUGGUGCUGUCGGAAGUUCUGUAGCUUACUGGCUGAAAGAGAAGACGAACGCUCACGCAUUAAGGAUAGUUGUUUUGGAGAAAGACCCUUCAUAUUCAAAAUGUUCUACCACACUGUCAGUGGGAGGAUUGAGGCAACAGUUCUCUUUGCCAGAGAACAUUCACAUGUCGAUGUUUGGGGCAGAGUUCUUAAGGACUCUGAAAAAACGAUUUGGGCCAGAGGCUGAAGUCAAUUUCACACCUCACGGCUACAUGGUACUUGCCAGUGAGGAUGGGGCACAACAAUUAUUGGACAACUCCAAGUUGCAAAGGGAACUGGGGGCAGUGAACACAGUCCUCACCAGGGAUGAUCUGAAAGAAAGAUUUCCUUGGAUGAAUGUUGAUGAUGUAGAACUGGGAUGCUUAGGUUUGGAGAAAGAAGGCUGGUUUGACCCCUGGUCAAUGUUGAAUGUCUUAAGGAAAGGCGCUCAAGAUCUGGGAACUCAAUACAUACACGCUGACGUAGUUGAUUUCACCUUCCAUUCAAGAUCAGAUAUUAUGGUUGAAGGUAUUGAAGGCAACUAUCAGGCUGUGAAUGAAGUUAUUGUAAAACUACCUAACGGCGAAAGGAAAUCGAUUCAUUUCGCCUAUUGUGUCCUAGCAGCUGGUUGUGAUUCAGGGGAAAUCGCUGAGUUGGCCGGGAUCGGUCUUGGCAAUGGUAUGCUCUCCAUUCCAUUACCAGUUGAAAAAAGAAAACGAUAUGUGUACAACUUCAACUGCCCACACAUGCCGCCAGGCAUCAACACGCCGCUGACGUGCGACUUCUCCGGCAUGUACUUCCGCAGGGAGUGCCUGGGUGGGUCGUUCAUCUGCGGCCUGUCGCCGCCUCCGGAAGAGGAGCCCCUGUGCGACAACAUGGACGUGGAUCACACGUAUUUCGACGAAAAAAUAUGGCCUUUGCUGGCCAACAGGGUCCCAGCGUUUGAAGCUGUGAAGGUGACUGGAGGAUGGAGCGGGUUCUACGAUUACAAUCGUUACGAUGAGAACGGUAUAAUUGGGGCGCAUCCUUAUUACUUUAAUAUGUAUCUUGCCACUGGGUUUAGUGGGCAUGGUAUUCAACAAGCGCCAGCUGUGGGCAGAGCGAUUGCAGAACUGAUUUUAGACGGACGAUUUGUUACGAUUGAUCUUACACGACUAGGAUUUGAUAGGCUAAUUGUGGAUAAGCCCAUGUAUGAACAACAUAUUAUAUAAUCUAUGGGUGUGUAAUUAACAUAUAAAUAUUACUAGUAUUAUUUAUCUGGAUUAUAAAUAAUACUAAUUAUAUUUAUAUUUGUGAUAUUUACACACAAUAUCAUUGUUAAGUAUACAAAUGACACUAUUAUACAAAAUUUAUUAGGUAAUUUAUUUAUAUUUUAAUAUAAUGUUAAAAGAAA